AUGUCAUCUCAACCCUUCAAUGACGGGUUUAUCGUGCGAUGGGCCGUGAUUAUCCUGUAUAAACUCUUCUCCAUCCGAUGGUUCCUGCGACUCUUCCCGCGGGCCGGCCCCGUCAUAUUCUUGUCUUCCAGGAUCUGCAUCAAGUCCUCACCCUUCACCUCGCUCGCCGAGGCAUCUGCGAUGCGCCUCGUCGCUAAGCACACCACUGUACCUGUUCCUAAGGUAUGCGUCAAGUCCACACCCUUCACCUCGCUCGCUGAGGCAUCUACAAUGCGCCUUGUCGCUAAGCAUACAACUGUCCCUAAGGUAUAUAGCGCAUUUGAGCACAAGGGGAGCGUCUUUAUUGUUAUGGAGCAUAUCGACGGCGUUAUGCUUGCUCGAGGCUGGCUCAGGCGCACGCCCGAGUCACGAAAUCGCAUCCUCGAGAGUAUCCGAAGCAUGAUCCUGCAGAUACGCCAGAUACCAGCCCCGGGGCACGGCGUAUCGAACGUAGAUGGGGGGCCUAUAUAUGAUGGCAGGCUGCCUGGGCCAAACUUCUGGGGCCCUUUUCAGACCAUCCACGACUUCCAUCGAGAGCUUCGCGGUGGUGUAGACGAGCCAGCGUAUGAUGGCACCGCGAUACCAGAAUUCGGCCCUCUUAUCGACUUCCACAAUCAGCAAUGGUCGUCCCCUAUCUUCACGCAUGGUGAUCUUAGUUCUUUAAACAUUUUAGCUCGUGGUGACGAGGUUGUCGGUAUUAUAGACUGGGAAACAGCGGGAUGGAUGCCUCCAUACUGGGAAUACACGUCUGCCUGGCAUGUCAAUCCCCAGAAUCAGUUUUGGCAGCAAGAGGUAGACCGAUUCUUGGAGCCGCUCCCGGAAGCACUGGCAAUGGAAACGAUUCGACGCAAAUACAAUAACGACUAUUGA